UUUUCUUCUGCGGGUCAGGACUCGGUGCUCUACUAAGAAGUCUGCUGGUCAGCUGUAUCAAUAGUGAUUAAAUGGGUUUCAGAAAGUAAGGGUUUGUGCCAUUUUUGCGAUGCCCACCGUCAGCGAAAGCAGCCAGUUUAUUUGAAUAUGUUUCGGUGAGUCAGCAAAAAGACCUGGUCAUGCAAAACACCAAACAUUUCCAUCAUUUUACCUUAUGGCACCUUUCAAUUUUGUCCAAAUCCCUGGAAACUAACUUAUUUUUUAAACUAAAUUUAUUAAACUUGUGCCAUAUUAGAAAUAUUUACAUUAACCAAAUGGUUAUUGUGAACAUGUUUGUAUUUGUGCAUGCAUGUGUCUUACUGUAAGGUUUCAUAUAUUAUGUUUGAUUUAUUGAACGGACCAGCAGGCCAAACAUGCUACAAGUCAUUCGCUCACUGCUUUGCUGAAAAGUGGAAGUGAAACCAAUGCUCUUGUCUGCGUGGGUGUGAGAUAACCUGUUUUUCUUUUUAUUGUCUGUUUUACAACAUGAGUUAUUUUUGCCUUUUUGGUUCCCCCAAUGAAGGGGAAAUAUGGUUGGGAAUUCAUAGUUCAUAUUGUUUCUGUUUUAGCUUGCAGUCUUUGUGUACGUGUUUGUGUGGCGGGAAGAGUGUGAAGUGUAGCUCGAGUUUAUUGCCUGAUAAAACUUAUCAGAGCGUGGCAGCAUGUUGAAGACACCACGCCUUCUUUUUUCAUAUUCUUCUUCACCAUUACUGGAUGAGGCAUUCUCCUUCCCUCUUCUCCAAAACGAGAAAGUUUGGGCGAGGCUGCCAGCAGCUGUGUUUUGAUUGGACGCUCUCCUAUGUGUACAUUAUCUCCUGUUGGACACGUCCUGGCUCCACCCCGAUAACGUUUGGCACUCAACCUGAAAAGCUCCGCCCACUGUCAUAGAUUCAUCACAUCAGUGAUCUUGCAUGAACAGACAGGUAGUAAGUUUGUGUCUCGUCGUGAUUAAUGCCUAGAAGUUCAAACAAAUUCAACAUUUGGAUAUGUUUUUGAAGAUCUCACGGCUGGCAUGUUGAAAAAAGACAGGUGGAUUUGCACUCUUUUAAAAACUACAGGUGCUUGCUUGUACUUCAUUCCAUCAGAGUUGCGCAGCAGCAUUCGUCUUUUUGGAUCUUGCAGGCGACUUACACCGCACCAUAACUGAAGAUCGUCACAUCAUAUUCACUUCAUCUUUUUAUUUUUGAUUCAAUGUGCAGACUGUUCUACUAAUAACUGGCAGAGGAACUUGUGGUGAAGUAAGUGUUUGACAGGCAGUGGUUUUGCCUGGGUGGGGGAGCAAUUUUGCGGUCGUCUGUCCAGUUACAGACGAGCCCGAUUCCUGAGAGGUGAUGGUGGGUGGCGGAGCGGUCACUGUGCGCCCGCACAGGCGCCUGGAUUAAAAGUGUCACAGUGCAAACAUGGAUUUCUUCAAGAGCCUCGUUCCCACGGUCAUCUCGGGGGACGGAGGGCUGCCGGCGUCCGAUGCGGGAGGAGUAUGGUUGCGGGACACCGGCCCUCGCUUGCUGAGGAUGAAACGUUUGGGGGUGCAGACCGUUGCACAGGUCAAUGAAGAGGAGCAAGAUGGAUCCACUCCGACCGGGCGUCCAGUCGUUCGGUUUCAACGGUAUCGUGGCAAAGCCUCUGUCCCUGUAAGCAACAGCAGUGCGAGUAGGCGAGGAACCUCCCCCUCUGCCCCACCCACCUGGGAGAAGCGUAGCAUCCACCUCGCCAACAUGUCCAGCAUCACCAUCGACCCCGAGCUCAAGCCCGGGGAGUUUGUCAUCAAGAGUCUCUUCGCCGAGUUUGCUGUGCUUGCGGAGAAGAAGAUCGAGGUGGUCAUGGCCGAACCGCUGGAGAAGCCCCUGUCCCGCUCACUGCAAAGAGGAGAAGAUGCACAAUUUGAUCAGGUUGGUUAUGUGUGUGUGUUUUUGGGAUUCCGUCUUUUGUUCGACCAUAAAUCUCUCUCCCAUUUCUCUCUGCAGUUUGGAAACACGUGUUACUGUAACUCGGUGUUGCAGGCUCUGUAUUUCUGCCGGCCGUUUAGGGAGAAUGUGUUGGCAUAUAAAGUCCAGCAGAAGAAGAAGGAGAACCUUCUCACCUGUCUGGCCGACCUCUUCCACAGCAUCACCACACAGAAGAAAAAAGUUGGGGUGAUCCCUCCUAAGAAAUUCAUCUCGCGUCUGCGAAAGGAGAAUGACCUGUUUGAUAACUACAUGCAACAGGAUGCCCACGAGUUCUUGAACUACCUGCUGAACACAGUGGCUGACAUCUUGCAAGAAGAGAAGAAACAGGAGAAACAAAAUGGUCGGCUAAAGAACAAUGGCACUGCCAUCCCCACUGAAACCGAGCCAGAACCGAACAAAACUGACUCCACGUGGGUUCACGAUAUCUUCCAGGGCACGCUGACCAAUGAGACGCGCUGUCUCAACUGUGAGACGGUCAGUAGCAAAGACGAAGACUUUUUGGAUUUGUCUGUAGAUGUUGAGCAGAACACUUCAAUAACACACUGUCUCAGGGACUUCAGUAAUACAGAGACCCUGUGCAGUGAGUAUAAAUACUACUGUGAGAUGUGCUGUAGCAAACAAGAGGCACAGAAACGCAUGUGUGUAAAAAAGCUACCUAUGAUAUUGGCUCUCCAUUUAAAACGUUUUAAGUACAUGGAGCAGCUGCAUCGCUACACUAAACUGAGCUAUCGGGUGGUGUUUCCGCUGGAGCUCCGCCUCUUCAACACCUCCGGGGACGCCAUCAAUCUCGACCGCAUGUACGACCUCGUCGCUGUGGUUGUGCACUGUGGCAGUGGACCAAACAGAGGGCAUUACAUCACCAUUGUCAAAAGUCACGGCUUCUGGUUGCUGUUUGAUGAUGACAUCGUAGAGAAAAUUGAUGCGCAGGCGAUAGAAGAGUUUUACGGGUUGACAUCUGACAUUUCCAAGAAUUCUGAGUCUGGAUACAUCCUGUUCUAUCAAUCCAGAGAGUGAAGGAACAAAGUGGGAAAUAGAUUUGUGGAGGAAAGAGAGCGGCAAACGGAAAGGGACACAUGCCAUCCACUAAAUCCCUUUUUUCAUUUCAUACUCAGGGUCUCCAGUUUAGACUGGGUGCCAAAAGCCCUCUGGAACCCAUUUGCCAUACCUACUUUUCCCAGAAAUCCUAUUUUCCUGCAUUCUGGGUAAUAUACAUAUUUCAAUCUGACCCUCAAGUCAGUCACCUGCAUCUGGAAGGCACUUUAUAAACAAAAUCAAUAAUAAAUAACACUAAAUCACAACAUAUUAAACUACUACACUCGUCAAAACUUGAAGGAAUUAAAUGCUACAAAAGGAGCAAAAACAAGCUCCUAAGAUAAUUCAAUUCCCAGGAAGGUGCCUCUCAUCCUGGGUGUACGAAACCAAGGAAGAGGGUUUCUCUCUCGAUCCCUGGCUUAGGGUCAGCAAUCAGAGACCCAGUUUAGGAUCACUUUAGAUGUUUUUGUACUGUGAUGCACAUCCGUCAGUUUUAAUUUAUUACGCUCAUACAUUAUUCAGUCCUGACAGCGUAAAGAGCUGAUGGGCAGUAUGCACUGUGUGAUUUAGGUAUGUUGUGGAUGGGGAUUUCGACUUGGACUUGUUACGUAUGUGAAUGUUUGUGAGUGCAUUUGUUAUGCGUAUUUCAGAAAUAAUAUAAAAAAUAUCCCAAGUUGUCACUGGGGCAGUAGCCUUUAAAAAGGUCCUAAUAUGUACCAUUCAUGGUACCAAUUUGGUACCAAUAUGUACCUCCUUUAGUGUACAAAUAUGUACUUUUGAGGUGCUAGUAUGCACCCUUUGGUAGCGAUAUGUACCUCUGAGGUACUAACAUGAACUUUUUAGGUGCAAAAGUGUAUUAAGGGCAGUGACAGUAAGGAACCAUUUUUGACAGUUUGACUUUUUUUGACAGUGUAUGUGCAUUGGAUCGGUAAACUUGAAUUGCUGCUCUUUCAUACAGAAAUAGGUUGUGCAACCAGUUAAAGGAAUAGUCUACUCAUUUUCAAUAUUAAAAUAUGUUAUUACCUUAACUAAGAA